AUGACGAAUGAUUCACACCAACAAAACAGUAAUAUUCAAGACCUUAAAAGCUUGACCCCUGAUGAAAAGCUUGAAAUGUUAAAAAUCUAUAACCCUAAAGAUUUGGGAAUAUCGUAUACUGAUUAUCUUGAUGAAAAAAAUUCAAAUGUGAAUAUCGAGUUAUUGGAAAAAGGGUACAAAGAUAUGCAAAGGUAUCAUUCAAUUAAAGCCGCUGUACUAACACAAGAAUAUUGUGAUAUGCUGAAUACUGGUACGCUGUCCCCUGAAAAUAUUAUAAAGUAUGAUACAAAGCUUACUAACCACUCUAAAGCUUUGGAAAAAUAUAAUUUUACUUCCAGGCGGUAUUAUUUAAAUGAAGACAAUAACAUUAUUGAUAAACGUAAACCUGGUAGGAUAAUAUGUGAGCCAAAAUACAUGUACGAUAUUGUCAUAGCAUACCAUUUAAAGUUGCACUCUUCAUAUGCUGUGUCCGAAAGACUUAAAAAAUUUUUUAGUAAUGUUGGUAGACAAUAUAUUGACUACUGCGCAAAAUAUUGUUCAAAAUGUUUUCCAGAUGAAACUGAGCAUAUGAAACUUUUUACAGAUGAUAUUACAUUUAAAAACAUAAGAAACAACAUAAUUGAUAGACCCUUGUUUCCCAUGGAAAGAAUUCAUAUAGAAAUCUUUAAUCCAUUCGAUGAUUUAAAAAUAGAAAACAAAUAUCAAAGAAUUCUAUAUAUUAGAGAUUAUAGUACACGAUAUAUUUGGACGUUUACAUUAAAAAAACUUAAAUUGAAACAUAUCACAAAUAUUUUAACUGAAUUUUUUCUAAGUAUUGCAACAAAUGUACCGAUCUUCCUUCAAUCUUCAACUAUUGAUAAUACAGAUCUUUUUGAUAUUUGUGAAAAGAUUUCACGAGAGUAUCAUAUUUCUCUUGGAUUAGGGACUAAUAAUAAGCAUGAUCAUUUCCAUUUAUCAGGCAUUGAAAUGUUUAAACAAUUAGUUAAUUUAAAUAAAUCGAAAUGCUUAAAGAGUUGGUCAAAUUUUUUGGUAUUUGGUUCAGUGUUACAUAAUAAUAAAUUUAACAGUAGGAUAUUGAGUAAGCCUAUAGAUAUUAUAAAUUGUAACAAUUUAGCCCAAGGGAAAAAGAAAUUUAGAGAUAGGAGAUUAAGAAUUAUUAAGCAAACAAUUACAGAUAAUUAUGUGAAAUUAGGUAAUGUAGCAUCAAUAAUUUUUAUUGAAGAUGAAGCUACAUCUAUUGCUGAAGGAUUAACACUGGAAGGUAACGAUAAAUAUGAACAGUUUAGUGAUGAAUAUCGUUCAGAUAUUGAUGUUAUUGAAGAUGAUUCAUAUGAUAUUCCUCUAAGUGAUACUGAGAAGAAAUUUUCAUCACGUAAAAGAAAAUCUCGUUCCAAUGAUUCAGAUACUUCGAAUUCAAAGACAAAACUCAAGAAAAAAAGAAAAUGA